GAAAAAAAUAUUUGCAGACUCCCUUUUAUUCUGGUCUGGAAAACCUGUGUGGGUUGUGAAGCAAAGCUAAGUGAGAGAGAGAGAGAGCAGAAGUGCAGAGCAGCAGAAGCGAACGGAAGAAGAAGAUCAAAAAAAGAAACAAGAACAUUUAUACACCAACCCACGAAAGAGGAUCAGCUCUUAACUGAGAGGAGGUAGAGAAGGAAACGAAGAAGAAGAAGAGAAAACGAACAGAUAAUACACAUAUUUAACAAAGAUACGCUUUUUAGAGAGAUAAUCUAAUUAAUAUAUAAAAAAGAAGAGAGAGAGCAGGUGAAGAAGAAGAUGGGGAGAGGAAGGGUAGAGCUGAAGAGGAUCGAGAACAAGAUAAAUCGUCAGGUUACGUUCGCAAAAAGAAGGAACGGCCUUCUUAAGAAGGCUUACGAGCUCUCUGUUCUCUGUGAUGCCGAGGUUGCUCUCAUCAUCUUCUCUAACCGAGGCAAACUUUAUGAGUUCUGCAGCAGCUCUAGCAUGCUCAAGACCCUCGAACGUUACCAAAAAUGCAGUUACGGUGCACUGGAAGCUAGCCAGCCAGCCAAGGAGACACAGAGCAGCUACCAGGAAUAUUUGAAGCUGAAAGCAAGAGUUGAGGUCCUACAACGAUCUCAGAGAAACCUUCUUGGAGAAGACUUGGGUCCACUAAGCACAAAAGAGCUUGAACAGCUUGAGCAUCAGCUUGAGAUGUCUUUGAAGCAAAUCAGAUCAACAAAGACCCAAUUAAUGCUUGAUCAGCUGUCUGAUCUCCAAAGAAAGGAACAAAUGCUCCAAGAAGCUAACAGAGCCCUAAAAAGGAAGCUGGAUGAAAGUAGUUCUGAGAAUCCUCUUCGGCUGACAUGGGAAGCUGGUGGGCAAAACAUCUCUUAUAGUCGCCAGCCUUCUCAAUCAGAGGGGUUCUUCCAACCUUUGGAAGGCAAUUCAACUUUGCAAAUUGGAUAUAAUCCUGUUGGUCCAGAUCAGAUAACUGUUGCUGCUUCAGCCCAAAAUGUCAAUGGUUAUAUUCCUGGGUGGAUGCUUUGAGUUUUGAUUUCCUGAGAAAAUCUAUAUUUUCUUGUGGGAAAACUACCAGGUGGAUGGAUUUUAGUUGCUUAGCAUAAUCUGGUAUGUGAAAGUUGUAAGUAUUGUCGAAAAUGGAAAACAAUAACAACUAUUUUAUCAGUAUGUAAUUAUAAAGACCAAGAUAACACUGACUUUGAACUCCUCUAGCAUUCUGCAUUCUGGAAGUCACUGGUCAGAAAGUAGAUGUCAAGGGUAAUAUGUAAUUGUGAUGUUUGAAGAUGUUUUAAGAAAUACAGUGUCUUUUUGGACUCUUGAUGUAAAUAUGUUUUGAUCAUUUCUAUAAAGAUCUGUGGUCUGAAUG